CGGGCGGCCGGCUGCGCGGGGAGGCAGCGCGGCCGAAAGGUGUUGCUGGAAGGGAAGUUUGAAGCAGGUCGCCGGGUGUCUGUGCGCUCCGGCAGCAUCAUGGCGGAGCAGGGCGAGUCACCGGUCCACGUCCAGCAGCCCCAGCCGGCGCCAGCGCCCACCGCCCCGGCCGUCGGCUGGCCCAUCUGCAGGGACGCCUACGAGCUGCAGGAGGUUAUCGGUAGUGGUGCUACCGCAGUUGUCCAGGCAGCACUAUGCAAACCCAGGCAAGAACGUGUAGCAAUAAAGAGGAUCAACUUAGAAAAAUGCCAGACCAGUAUGGAUGAAUUACUCAAAGAAAUUCAAGCAAUGAGUCAAUGCAAUCACCCCAAUGUGGUGACCUAUUACACAUCUUUUGUGGUGAAGGAUGAACUUUGGCUGGUUAUGAAGCUGUUAAGUGGGGGUUCAAUGCUUGAUAUAAUAAAGUAUAUUGUGAACCGAGGUGAGCACAAGAAUGGUGUCCUUGAAGAACCUAUAAUAGCAACAAUUCUGAAGGAAGUUUUGGAGGGCUUAGACUAUCUACACAGGAAUGGGCAAAUUCACAGAGAUUUGAAGGCUGGCAACAUUCUUCUGGGUGAAGAUGGCUCUGUACAAAUAGCAGAUUUUGGUGUUAGUGCAUUUUUAGCAACAGGAGGUGACGUUACUCGUAACAAAGUAAGGAAAACAUUUGUUGGUACUCCAUGUUGGAUGGCACCUGAAGUAAUGGAGCAGGUACGAGGUUAUGACUUCAAGGCUGAUAUGUGGAGUUUUGGGAUAACAGCCAUUGAGUUAGCAACAGGAGCAGCACCUUAUCACAAAUACCCUCCUAUGAAAGUGCUAAUGCUGACACUCCAAAAUGACCCUCCCACUUUAGAGACAGGUGUAGAGGACAAGGAGAUGAUGAAAAAGUAUGGCAAAUCCUUUAGAAAGCUAAUUUCAUUAUGCCUUCAAAAAGAUCCUUCCAAAAGGCCCACAGCAGCAGAACUUUUAAAAUGCAAAUUUUUCCAGAAAGCCAAGAAUAGAGAAUACCUGAUUGAAAAGCUUCUCACUAGAACACCUAAUAUAGCACAGAGAGCAAAAAAGGUCAGACGAGUACCGGGUUCCAGUGGUCACCUCCAUAAAACAGAAGAUGGGGACUGGGAAUGGAGUGAUGACGAAAUGGAUGAGAAGAGCGAGGAAGGCAAAGCUGCUGUUUCUCAGGAAAAGUCACGAAGAGUAAAAGAGGAGGAGAACACAGAGUCUCAGCCUGCUGUUAGUGACGAAUAUAGUGAAGUUCCAUGUGCAGUGAAUCUUGUCUUAAGAUUAAGGAACUCCAGGAAAGAACUUAAUGACAUACGGUUUGAGUUUACUCCAGGCAGAGACACAGCAGAUGGCGUUUCUCAGGAGCUGUUCUCAGCAGGCCUGGUUGAUGGCCAUGAUGUAGUUAUAGUUGCUGCUAACUUACAGAAGAUAGUAGAUGAUCCAAAGGCCUUGAAAACACUGACUUUUAAAUUGGAUCCAGCUGUCCACACUUUGGGAAGGAGGCUGCUUCAGUACACAAGUAAUCUUGGCAACGCUCAAUUAUUGCGCAGCAGAAUUUGCAUUUUAUGUAAGGAUUUUUCAUAUGAAAAGGGGAGGAAAACCCAGAGAUGAAAUAAUGCAUUCAGUCACUGAACAGUGAAUUGCAAAUGCUAAGAGCUUUUCUUUUAUGUUCAGUUUGUGUAUCAUAGUAGUACUUAACACUAAACACAAAAUACAAGCUAAUAGGUUCCAGGUGCAUUAAUAUUAGACAAUAUUUAUUGAUAAGGUAUUUAAAAAUCUGUUUGCAUCUAGAUAUGUUACUUAGCAUGGCUUUGAGGAGGCUGAUAGCUAGCCAGAAUGUAGAAUGAUGUAUUAAGGGCAAAAUUCAAACUCCAUUUAUUUAGUAAAUUCCGAAUCCAAAAACCAUUGAGAUAUCUCCAUGGUAACCAAUGGUGAUGAUCUCAGACCUUUAACUUGCUGCUUCAAUGGAUAAGACCUGUGAAAUACUCUCUGAAGAGAGAACUUUUGUUCUCUGUGUCCGAUCAAAAUAAAUUUGAAGUAGUAGCCUGAUGUAAUGCUUCCACAAGUAUCAAAUGAGUUAAUUUUGCUCAUGAAAACUCAGCAGAUAAUGUCACUCGGUGCACCUUGUGUGCACAGUCUGAGAGCUCUUUUCCUUACAGUGAGUAUACACAAACCAGUUCUACUAAAGGGUUCAACUGCUACUAAUGUAUAAAAGGAUCAAGAGCAUUUUUAUAGGGUGAACCAAUUGUUCAGACUUUUUGGGAGGGAUGUGCCAAGGAGUCUGAAGGCGUCUGUCGUAAGUGAUUUACCAUUACACACUGUUAAUCCAGUUGUAUUCUUAUUUUGAUUUAUCUACCACACAGGUGAGGAAUGCAUAAGAAAACUUUAUUUAAAUGUAGUGAAUUUUGUCCUAGAGAAGUAAAUUUUGUAUUUAAAAUUGAAAUAUAAAUAUACCUUGCCUACAGUGUCUGUAAUUUUUUUAAAGCAGAUUUUACAGUAACAGUUAAUUCCUGAGCAAGGUGGUUUUAUAUUCUUACUGUUAUUUGUGAAAAAUAAGCUGAUUACUUGUGCCAGUUUAUAUUGUGACGGGCUUUACGGAAGAAUCUCAGCUGUACAAUUCUAAGUACUAGACUACUGUGAGAAAGGAGAUGUUCUUUUGCAAAUAUUAGUACUUACUUUUGUAGACUGCUUCAAUAUCUUGUUUAAAAAUUCAGUGGGUUGGUAUUCCAAACAGACUUGAUAGCUGGACUCAAGACACAUUUGGUGUCUAUGUCACAAUGGUAAAAGGAUUCUAUACAAAUGUGGGUUAUUUGCUUUUCAUGAGUGAAAACAGCGUGCUCGUGAGAAAAAGCAAAUUUGGCUCCAGUCUAUAAAGUUUGGGUUAAGUCUUGAAGUGCUCAUUUCUCAGUACUUUUUUUCAUAAUUUUUAAUAUUGAUUAGAAGAGUUUGCUAAAAUUAAGGAUGCAGUUGACUGAUGCUGAUGGAGGAUACAACAAGCAGUCUGAAAGUUUUCCUUCAAGUAAGCUGUUUGCUGACUAGGCAAUGCGGUGAAGAUUUAUAGCCUGGCUGUCAAAUCCUUCUUCGUAGGGUGAUACACUAAAUAUUUCUGUUUGUA